AUGAAAGACGUAAUAGAUGUGAUGGCUUUACAGAAUACCCGACGUGAACGGCGCUUACCUGAUUAUCGUAGUGCCUCAGGUCAUAGUUUGGCCACAAACUUUAUUUUUGAGUGCGGCAUAAAACUUGGAUUACAACCGGCAACAGUUGCUACUGCUGCUAUAUUUUACCAUAAGUUCUUCAAAGAAGCCGAUAAAAACGAUUAUGAUUGUUAUGUCAUAUGUACCGCUUGCCUAUGUGCAGCGGGAAAAUCACGAGAUGAACCUGUAAGGCUGAGAGAUGCUGUAAAUGUUGCUCAUAAUUCUAUUAAUCGUGGUGCAGGACCGCUGGAACUGGGUGACGAAUAUUGGUCAUGGCGUGGUGCAGUGGCUCAGGCAGAGUUACUAGUGUUGAGACUACUAGGGUUUAACCUCGAUGCUCCAUCUCCACAUAGAUAUCUGCUUCACUAUUUGCGCUCGCUUCAAGAGUGGUUUCCGCCGUCACAGUGGCGUUCGGCGCCCGUGGCCCGAACGGCAAUGUCGUUUCUACAAGACUUUCACCACUCUCCAUCAAUAUUAGAUUACAGAGCACCUCACAUAGCCGUUGCAUCACUAACUUUAGCACUACACGUUCUUGGAGUUUCUGUACCAUUGGCAUCAAUGUUAGAUGAUGAUGCGGCAUGGUAUUCGGUAUUCACUAAAGACUUGCAAAAAGAAAAAAAUUGGGAAAUAAUGGAGAAAAUUAUGCAAGUUUAUAGCAGGGAACCAGAACCUAUAUAG